AUGGAGAUGGAGAAGACAGAAGUUGUCACCAAGGAGACUCUACUCAAAGCACCAUCAGCUGUGAGUCCCAUUAUUGUUUGCACUGGUUGCUGCUGCUGCCCCUGCUGUGGUUGUGACUCCUGUCCCAGCUGUGACUCCUGCCCCAAGUGCUGUUCCUGCCCGAGCUGCUGCCCCCCCAGCUGUGACUGCUGCUGCCAGCUGUGCUGCUUCCUCCCACACCUGCUGUGCCAACUGCCCAAACUAGUUGGCUGCCCGGUGAACAUCAAGCGGUUCCUGAUCGUCCUGGUGGUUGUUGGCCUGGUGGUGCUGGUUGUCGUGGGCGCUCUUCUGAUGGGGCUGCACAUCACCCAGGUGCACACGGAGGCUCUUCUGCACAUGACCAUUGACGAGUUGGACGGAGAAGAAUCCCAGCUGAAGUUCUCCGUGAAUAAGGAAGAAGUAGCCACUUACUAUGUGGAUGACGGGAUCCACAACCCAGCCACCAUCAUUUAUGAUUUUGCCAAGCUGCUGAUUGGCUACAAACCUGAACAUCAAAAAGCCUGUUACAUUACCAGGAUGGAUAAGGAAAAUGUCCAAGGAAUAGACGCUCUCCUCCAAGAAUUCCAGACCAAGUUGUCCAUCAUGCACCUCAUGCCAAAGGGGAAGGAGCAAGCGCAAGAAGAAGAAUUCCUUACAUCCCAGGUGGAUCGUUCAAACUUGGGAACCACAAUUAACGUCCUCUGCAAACACAUUCCCAUCUUCUACACUUAG